UCCUAGCUGAUUAAUCUCAUACUCUCUCAUUAAGGAUUUUGAAGUUGUGUUCCUUUGGUGCUCAGAUGAAGAGAAAGAAGAUACAGUGUAGAUUAAUGUUGUCUUGAGUGGGUUAUGUCGUGUUACGUUCUCCCCUACACCUCAGCUGAACCACUGGAAACCACUUUGAUGCUGUUUUCUGCUCCAGUUUGUGGUUUCUUCCAGAAUCUAAUCUGUCAGACCUGGAAACGCAAAGAAUAUGGUACCUUGUGCAAAGAUGUCAAAUGCAUUGCCAUUUAUCUUGCUCUUCGUAUUCCCAAUGCUGCUGUCAGGGGCUUGGUUUCCCAAAACUUUACCCUGUGAUGUCAAACCUUCCGAAGAUACUGUGACAGUGGACUGCACUGACCGGCGCCUUACAGAAAUCCCCAGAGGGAUCCCAGGAAAUGCUACCAACCUUACGCUGAGCAUUAACCAUAUUCCCCACAUCCACCCAACAUCCUUUGAUCAUCUUGAAAACCUCCAGGAGAUUGACUUCAGGUGCAACUGUGUGCCUGUCAAGCUGGGACCCAAAAAUCAUGUGUGUUGGUCGGGUGACUUUUAACUCUUACCGUCUUUUGCUGCCCUGACAAGACUGAAGUCAUUGUAUUUGGAUGCAAACCAGCUGGCAGGAAUACCCCGAGGCCUUCCUGCUACUUUAACCUUGCUGAGCCUGGAAGCAAACCAUAUCUUUUCUAUCCAUAAAGCCAGCUUCUCAGAGCUAGGAAACAUAGAGGUAUUGUAUCUUGGACAGAACUGUUACUACCGCAACCCAUGCAAUGUUUCAUUUGAAAUUGAGGAAACAGCCUUCCUGGGACUGAAAAAGUUAACAAUCCUGUCCCUGAAGUCCAACAACCUAACACGAGUCCCACCCAAUUUGUCAUCUACUUUAAAGGAAUUGUAUAUUUACAACAACAGGAUUCAAGAGAUUCAAGAACAGGAUUUCAGUGGCCUUCCCAACCUACUUUAAGAGCUGGAUUCACCGUUAACAGGGCGUUGCUACAAUGCCCCAUAUCCUUGCAUUCCCUGUCCCAAGAGCUCAAUUCACAUACAUUCAAAGGCUUUUGACUCCUUGGAAAAUUUAAGGAUUUUGCGGCUCCACAGUAACUCUCUUCAGAGCAUACCUAGCAGUUGGUUUAAAAACAUCAAGAAUCUCAAAGAACUUGACCUCUCCCAAAAUUUCCUCAUGAGGGAGAUUGGAGAUGCUCAGUUCUUGACAUUUCUCCCCAGCCUUAUGCAGCUUGAUCUGUCUUUUAACUUUGAGCUGAAGGUGUAUUCUCCCUUCUUGAAUCUUUCCACAACAUUUUCCUCCCUCUCUAACCUGGAAACCCUGAAGCUCAAGGGUUAUGUCUUUAAAGAACUGAGGGCAAAAGAUCUAAAUCCACUGCUCCGUCUUCAGAAUCUAACCAUGUUGGAUCUUGGGACAAAUUUUAUUAAAGUUGCAGACAUGACAGUAUUUGAAGAAUUCCCAGCUCUUAAGUUCAUUGACCUCUCCGUGAAUAAAAUUUCUCCUUCUUCAGGGGACAGCAAUUUCCGUGGAUUUUGCUCUAAUCCUGGUGUUUCAGUUGAGCAGUACAACAGGCAAGUACAACAAGAGAUGCAUUAUUUCAGGUAUGAUGUGUAUGGGCGAAGUUGCCGUUCGAAAGACAUAGAGGCUUCUUCCUACCAAUCUUUAGUUAAGGAAGAUUGCCUUAACUACGGAAAAACUCUGGAUUUAAGCAGAAACAAUGUAUUUUUUGUUAACCCCUCCGACUUCCAGGGACUUAGCUCCCUCAAAUGUCUCAAUUUGUCAGGUAAUGCAAUAAGUCAAACUUUAAAUGGAAGUGAAUUCUCUUACUUGUCUGAAUUGAAAUAUCUGGAUUUUUCUAACAACAGGGUUGAUUUGCUAUACCAAACUGCCUUCAAAGAACUAAAACUUUUAGAAAUUCUAGAUCUGAGCAAUAACAAAUAUUAUUUUCUGGCAGAAGGUGUUACUCAUGUGCUUAGUUUUCUGAAAAAUCUCGUCCAUUUGAGGAAGCUGAUGAUGAAUGACAAUGACAUUUCUACCACUAUUGAUACGGGAAUGGAAAGUCAAUCUCUUCGAAUUUUAGAAUUCAGAGGAAAUCGUUUAGAUGCUUUAUGGAUGGAUGGCAAUGCUAGAUACUUGUCCUUCUUCAAGAACCUGACCAGCCUGGAAGAACUGGAUAUUUCCUUCAACUCACUCAGUUUUUUGCCUCCUGGUGUUUUUGAAGAAAUGCCUCCCAGUCUCAAGAUCCUCAACUUAACCAAUAACCGACUGAAGAGUUUUAUCUGGGACAAGCUCCCCUCUCUGAAGAACCUAGUGACUCUGGACUUGAGCAAUAACCUUCUGACUAAUGUUCCCCGAGAACUGUCCAAUUGCACUUCAUCUCUCCAAGAACUGAUGCUCCGAAACAAUCGCAUUCAGAGAUUGACUAAAUAUUUUCUCAGAGGUGCUUUUAAACUGAGGUACCUGGACCUCAGCUCAAACAAGAUUGAAAUAAUUAAGAAAUCUAGCUUCCCUGAAAAUGUCAUUAACAACUUGAAGGUGCUGCUUUUGCACGGCAAUCCUUUUAAGUGUAACUGUGAGGCUGUGUGGUUUGUCUGGUGGAUCAAUCAGACGCAGGUGACCAUUCCUCUUCUGGCCACUGACGUCACCUGUGCUGGCCCAGGGGCACAUAAGGGAAGGAGCGUGGUUUUCUUGGAUCUCUACACCUGUGAGCUGGAUACAUCAUAUUUUAUUCUGUAUGCUCUGUCAUCUUCAGCCGUCCUUGCCUUAAUGGUGUUCACAGUGAUGAGCCAUCUCUACUUCUGGGAUGUGUGGUACAGCUACCAUUACUGCACUGCCCGGCUGAAGGGCUAUCGGCGCUUGCCUUCACCUGCUGCUUGCUACGAUGCCUUUAUUGCCUACGACAGCGAAGACUCAGCUGUGAACGAGUGGGUGCUGCAAGAGCUGGUUGAAAGGCUGGAAAACCAAAAAGCCAGGCAGUUCAAUUUAUGCCUGGAAGGAAGGGACUGGCUCCCAGGACAGCCAGUCUUUGACAACCUUUCCCAGAGCAUUCAGCUGAGCAAAAAGACCAUAUUUGUGCUGACCAACAGGUACAUUAAAAGUGGCCGCUUCAAGACAACAUUUUAUAUGGCUCAUCAGCGGCUUCUGGAUGAAAAGAUGGAUGUCAUUAUCUUGAUAUUUCUUGAGAAGGUUUUGCAGAAGUCCCGCUACGUCCGUCUGAGGAAGAGGCUGUGCAGAAGUUCAGUCCUGGAAUGGCCAACUAAUCCUCAGUCUCAGCCCUACUUCUGGCAGUGCCUGAAAAAUGCCAUAGCUACGAACAAUUCUCUGGCUUACAACAAGCUUCUCCAAGAAACUGUUUAGUUCUCCCCUUUUCCUUAAAUAUUGUUGUGAUGCACAGGAUCAAAUGACCCUAAACAAAAGAUCCUGAACUUCAUUUGCGGAAACUUGCAAAGCCUGGCAGUUAUACCUCUUUGAUGUUAUAUCCCAAGAUGAAAGGGACAAUUACUAUGAAAUCCAGUAAUUCAAAAUUGAAUAGAAAAUAUUGCCAGAACAAAUAUUUAGUUGUCAUGUGCUUUGCUUUGCACUGAUCUCUGCACUGGAAGGGCAGGUACUAAAAUGGGAAGGUAUGUGAGAUCAGGUUCUGUAGGGCUUGCAGGCUGCUUUGGGAAAGCAAAGAGGGGGAGCAGGGCAGCAGAGAGGCAGAGGAAUAGGCGCAAGGCAGAUGGGAAAAAUCAAGAGACUAGACAAAAAAAGGAAGGGAAAAGAAAAAAUGAGAAAGUGGAAAACAUGCUAAGAAAGGAGGAGUAUGUGGCUAUACUAGAGCAUAGCAGGUUGUUCUCCCACUACAAAACACUUGAGAUAGGAUUGGGUCUGACUUUAGGGACAUCCUGAAGAAGUGAAGAAAAAUAAACACCUGUGCCUGUUCCCCACUCUGUUUCACAGUACAGACUCAUUGAACACAUGAGAGUAUUUCAAGUGAAACCUUUUGUAAUGGCAGCCUAAACCUCUGAACAUGACAUAGGCAUGUUCUCUGCUUGAUGUAAUGAUGUCUGUUUUAGGAGAAGCAGCACAUUUUCACCUUGCUGGUUACUUCUGUCUGCAGCAGUCUGCUCUUGAUCAAAGCCCUUCUUUUCUGGCAACUAGUCUUGUUGAUAUCUCUGAUGUCAUUGUUAACUGCUUUAAAUUUCUUUAUUUCCGAUGCCACUUCCAUUUCCUCACCUAAAUGUUCUGGCUGAUCUUUUCUUUUGACAACAAGACAGAAAAACAAAGAAACACAAGAAAAGAAAGUUUAUGUAAUAAUAUAACAGAUAAGAAGGGUUUUUCUUUCUCAAUUUUUCUCAACAUUUUUAUUGAUUGAAUGCAGAAGUAGGAAAAAUAUGCGGGCCUUGUUAAAAAGGGAGUUUUAGAGUUUUAUUUUACAGUUUUAUUUUACAGUUUUAGAGUUAUAUUUUAAUAAUGUGUCUUUCUGGUGGUUUUGUUUGUAAGCCUAAACAAUCUGUAUGUUUAAAUAUAACAAGAACUGUAAUGUGACUCUGUCCAUAAGGUAAUACUUGAAACAGGAACCUCUAUCCCACAGUUACUCCCACACCAUCUCCCUCUGCCUCCCCACAAAACAUCUGUUUGGAACAGAUCCUCUUCUCAGCCUCACUGACAAGGGCAGGAACUCCAGGUCACUUAGCCUUUCUGAGGUUGAGAGGAGAGCUAUUUUUUCCUCUUCCAUUGAGAAACAUGCACAGGAUGGGUAUGAGAUGAGCAGCAAUGAGUAAAAACUGAUGCAGGUACUAAGGGAGGUGACUAGCAAAGGUAUCCUCCUGGAUUUGUUGCUUGGUAACAAGAAGGUCUCAUGAGUGAAUUGGUGAUUGGUGGACAUUUCGGAUCAUGAAGCAGUUGAAUUUAAAAUAUCUAGUUACAGGAGAAAAAUAGCCAGCAAAAUUCUGAAUGUGAGAAGAGUAGACUUCAGGCUGCUCAGGGAAGUAGUUUGUAAGGCCCUUGAGAAAAUGGUUUUGAAGAUGCUGGGAUCUACCAUUGUGGUCAAAAUUUAGACACCACCUUCUCAGAGCAGGGGAGCAUUCCAAAUACUUCCAUAAUUCCAAAAUGCUGGAAGUCAAACUGGUGAGGCAGAAGGCUGUCUUGGCUGACCAGGGAUUUUUCUCUGGAGCUAAAGCAGAUAAAAGAAAGAGUAUGGCCAGUGAAAGCAAGGCUGGGUGACUUGGGAGGAUGUUGUGGUUUAACCCCAACUGGCAACUAAGCACACACAAUCACUCACUCACUUUUCCCCACCCUGGUGGGAUGGGGAAGAUGAAUCGAAAAAAAAUCUAGCAUUUUCUGGUUGAGAUAAGGACAGUUCAGUAGUUAAAAUGAAGUAAAAUAUAAUAUUGCAACAACAAAAAAUAGUAAGAAAAAAGGAAGAGACAGAGGGAGAGAAAGAAAACCCAUGAAUAACCAGUGAUGCACAAUUAAUAGCUCACCACCUGCUUACUGAUGCACAACCCAUCUCCAAAGCACAAUUAGAUCCCUUUCUGUGUUAUUCCACCAAUUUAUUUACUAGGCUUGAAAUUCUAUGGCACAAGAUAUCACUAUGGGCAGUUCAGGUCAGCUGUUACAGCUGUGCCCGCUCACGUGAGCAGUUCUCUCUGGCAGAGCUUGGAACUUGCUUGCCUGGUUGGUAUAGUUGUGUCCAAAUUACAAACUACUGAAGAGAUCUGAGGUUUCUGUAUAUCAGGCUGUUGUGAUGGUAUAGCUAGUGAUUUGGUGCGAGGGCAGUUAGGAGGAGGAACUAUGGAGUUUUGGCCAAUUUAAAAGUGGACUUCUACAGCUGCAUUAACAAGUCUAUGUGUCAUUCUCCCUUCAGAAGUGAGAUCACAGAGACAUUUUAUGAUAUCUCACCCUAAUGCAGGAGUUUAAGAGGGAUGCAAGGUGCAAUUAUUUUAAUUGCAACCCAAAUUUAGGAUUUUUCUGCAUUAACUCUGUAGGUGUUUGCAUUGAGAACACCUUGCAUUGAGGCAAGGUGACUGCUGCUCCAGGCUUACAUGUGCAGCAAGUUGGGCUUGAAUAACCAUGGACAUCAAACCAUCUGAUGUAGUAAAAUCACCCAUUGUGAUGACCAAAGAAUGUUCUGCAUCAAUUGCUACUUCCUUAAAGAAAUUGUAAAAGGCCAUGGCUAGAUUUGGUAUUUUGCGUGUUGACUCAGCCCAGAGAUCUCUGGGAGAGGGACACAUUGGACUUUGAAGGAUAACUCAAAGUUUUGUAAAGGUUGGCAACUAGAUCCAAAGAAAGAGGAACCUGAGAGCACAAAAGAAACAUAAUUUCUCAAGGCUGUAUUCUAUUGUUAGGAACAAACAUAAUUAAUUGACAAUUCCAGUCUGGCAAUAUUUUUUAAAUUUUUCUUUUAUUAGUAAUUUUACACACAACGAGUGAUUACUAAUGUAUAAUGAAAAAAUAUUUCAUUAUUUUGGAUAGGGCAGUUCUUCUUUUCAAAAAGAAAAACAAAAGCUCUCCUUUUCUAGUGUCUCACGGAAAGGCACUUCAAAUUAGUGUGGAUAAUAAUAGGACUGGAGGACCAGAAAGGGUGAAGAGCUGAUGCUCCAAUUGCCCACUCUGUGAGCAGCUGGCCUGCAAGCCAAAAUUGAGAAAGAGAAGCAAAGAGUGUCAAAACCCAAAUCCUGCCACAAGCAGGACCUGCCACUAUCCUUCUUAACUGGGACGAGGCAGGCCCAGGGGGAGAUGCCCUUCCUUCAGUAUGAUCCUGCACUGAGGGCUGGGUGCUAGCAAAGGAUAGUGUCAGUGCCUCCACCUUGUCCAGCUCUCCAGUUUAGACUGUCCUUUCAUGAGACAACCUGAUGCAGACUCACAAAUGCUCUCUAAUAAUAUUUCCUUGGGAAAAAUAAAGCUCACAACUUUGGUGUCCAGGCUCAAUCAUGUUCUCAUACCUACCCACACAUUUUUUUUUCUGAUUCUGCUACAGGGCAGAGGGCCCAGACAGGACUUUAAAGGAAAACUUGGCAUAAGAGCGCCUAAGCCUCAUUGUCAAUCUUCCUAACUCUUGGUCUGGAGGUAGGGUUGAUAUUUCACUAAGUGUAAGCUUGAGAAGGAUGACCAAAGACAGUGACUGAAGGGAAAGGGAAAUUCUCCAGACCCAAAGACCACUUAAAUAAAAGAUAAACUAAUCAGGAUAGCACACAAAGAGAACUUAAUACCUCAUUGCCUUGUGAACUUUUUAGUUUUUUUCCCUCUAAUUUCUGAGUCUUCCUCUACGUAUCAUUAACUCUGAUCUUUUGUGAUUUGUUAUAUACUGAAUAUUGUUCAGGGGAAAAUUAGUCUAAAAAUUGUAUUAAUUUAUA